AUGUAUCGUCAGAUAAAAAUAGACCCUGAACAUAGAAGGUUGCAGAGAAUUCUGUGGCGUUUCAAUGAAAAUGAACCGGUACAAACUUUUGAGCUAAAUACUGUGACGUAUGGGACUGGUUCAGCUUCUUUCCAAGCUGAAAGAUGCCUGCAACAAGCUGGACAUGAAAAAGCUCAUAUUUAUCCAGAGCCUGCGCUUACAAUCAAAAAAGAGUUUUAUGUUGACGACUUCGUCACUAAUAAAAAAUCAAUACCAUUAGCUGUAACAUCCAUCAAAGGAGUUAUCAGUAUUUUAGCACCACGUGGUUUUGAACCUCGAAAGUGGGUAUCUAACGUGCCCCAUGUAUUAAAUGCUUUAAAUUUAGAUACCUCAAAACCAUUCAUGAUUCUCUCACAUGAAGACGAUCACCAGGUUUUAGGGGUAUUUAUAUGCUUCGCUACAAAAGCUGUUCAUUUGGAAAUAACAUUUAAUCUAACUACUUACUCAUUCCUAUUAGCACUUCAAAGAUUUGUAUCUAGACGCGGAAUUCCUCUAACAAUAUAUUCGGACCAAGCAAAAACGUUUAUUGGUGCUAGAAAUAAUCUUAGGCAACCCUUGUUGUUUGAAAUUACCCUUCCAGCUGAAAUUUUAAAUUACUUGCAAGAGAAACAGGUUGAAUGGAAGUUCAUCCCUAGUUACUCUCCUAAGUUUGGUGGUUUAUGGGAGAGUUGUGUCAAAAGUUUUAAACAUCAUUUUUCCAAAACUGUAACAACAAACGUACUUCAUUUCGAAGAAUUCUCAACAAUCCUUAACAAAAUCGAAGCAAUCCUGAAUUCUAGACCUCUUUGGCCAAUGUCAAACGAUCCUAAUGACCUCUCUCCACUAACUCCUGGCCACUUCUUGAUUGGUUCUGCAAUGACCGAUAUAUUAAAUACUAAAGCAGAAUAUCCAACUUCGUCGGUCACAAAUUGGAAGUUAAUUAAAAAAGUAUAUGAAAAAUUUUGGAAACGAUGGUCAAUGGAAUACUUGCAUCAGCAGCAACAAAGAUGUAAAUGGGUAAAACAAACCAAUAUUAGGGUCAACACAUUAGUUAUAUUAAAAGAUAAGUUCUUGCCUCCUCUGCUUUGGAGAAUGGGCAGAAUUAUAAAGCUUCACCCAGGUAAAGACAACAUACCUAGAGUAGCAUCAAUCAAGACCAGCUCUGGCACUUUGAUUCGUAGCAUCUCUGAAAUUUGCCCUGUCCUAGACCCGGCUUAG